UCUAAAUUAAAAAUUAUUUGACAUUUCUCUUUUGAAAAUUUAAAUUUUAUUUAUUAAAAAUAUUAUUUUUUAAAUUGUUUAAUAAGUUAAAAUUUGCACUGUGAUUUAAAAUAAUGAAAAUUCAGCAUGAAUAUAGAUGGGAUAUUUAAUAAUUUGCGACAGAAAUUAGAUGUACUUGGAUAUACGCAGCCUUUACCACUAUCGGCAUUGUCUUUAGUUUCCAGUAUUUUUGAAGAUUUGGUGAAAACAACAGAGAGUUUGCGUGAUGCUAAAAAAAAAAUUUCUGAACUGUUAGAGGAGAAAAGUUGUUGGGAACUAGGAGUUGAGCCAUAUAAAUGUGAUAAUUCAAGACUUAUUAAUGAAGUUAAUCAACUUAACAUUGAUUUAAUAAAACAAAGAGAGAAAUUCGAAGAAACUUUAUGUGACUACGCAAAGAAAAUUCGUAAUUUAGAAACAGAUAAAAAUUAUUUGGAAGAACAUUGUGCAGAAUUAGAAAAUCAAGUACGAGAAUUAGUAAUUAAAUACUCCGACACGAAAGUGCUCAAAAAUAAAAAAGAUGGGACUAAUAUGAUUAAAAGACCUGCUUUUAUAACCACAGUUAGAUCCGGAGUUUUUUUGCCAAAUCCACCUUUUAAUCCUCAUCAGCAACGUAAAUGUGCAAAAUGCAAUAGAACUUUGUUUAAACGUUUAAUAAUAGAUGGUGGAAGCCCGCGUGAACAAGAAGCAUAUGGACCACCUGAGCCACAAGAGAUAGAAAGGCUUCAGAACUAUUUGAAGGAUCGGUCAGACGAAGUAUCUUUAUUUAAAAAUAAGGUAGAGGCAAGAGAUCGGGAAAUAAAACGUUUGAACGAAUUGUUGCAAGGAGGGCGACCUGCGGCGGCAUUAGCACGAGAUUGUUGUUAUCGCAAUAUUGGCCCUUUGAAAGAAGAUUUGGAUUUACUACAACGAGAAAAAAAUGAAAUUCAAGGAAAAUUGUAUGAAUGUGAAAGUGAUAUGCAUGAAGCAAAACAGAGAGCUUUAGAUUUGAUAGAACAAAAUAAAAUAUUGGAAAAAGAAUUAGAAGAAUUAAAAAAUACAGCACUGUCACUUGAAAAAGAAGCUAAUGAGGAAAUCAAUGAAAAAGAACAAGAAAUCGAAAAACUUUAUUUAGAAAUACAAAAAAUUAAAAAGACUUUACGACCAGGUCACUUAGAAGAUUCAAAUUUGUUAGAGUACGAUGACACAAUGGCAGGAUCCAAAAACUGUAAUUUAGAUGAAAAAAGAAAACUUCAUGAGAGACUAAAUGAACUGACAGCUAGGGAGCGUGAAAUGUCGUAUGAAAUAGAAAGAAUGCAUAAAAAAAAUGAAAAAUUAAAAUACAAGCUAAUGGCGAUGCACAAAGGUAACGAGGAUAAAUCAGAAUGUAAUCAUAAAUUUAUGGAGGAUGAAAGAGCGCGGCUAAAAUCUGAGAGAGAUUUCUUUCACAAGGAAUACUUAAGUUUAAUUCACAAAGCGGGAUCAGAAAAAGAAUUAGAAUUUUUACAAACGCAAAUAAAAUCAAAAGAUGAAGAAUUGCGCAAUUUACGGGCUGAGUUAAUGGAUUUUAAGCAACAUCAGCAAAAUCCUCCAAAUGCACCAUAUCAUCAACAAUCGCAAAUGUACCAUGAUCAUCAUCAUCAUCAUCCAAUGGAACCGCAUUCGUACCGUGACAGGCAAUUCCCACCGAGACCAUGCUCUUCAAGUACAACUGCAUCAAAUCAUUAUCCGCAUACCGUUCAAGCUGCUAUAAUACGUGCUGAACGCGAAAGGGACGUUGUUAAAGCAGAACUGGAACGAAUAAAAUUAGAGCGUGAUUCAUUACGUGAACGUUUGCAGUGCUUAACUGAAACACAAUAUAAAGAAUCACAAAGACUUAAAGACGAAAUUGAUGAAUUGAACAAUAAAAUUUUGUGUUUAGAAAGAGAAAAACGUGAAAUUGAAACUGCCCAAAUCCCUGGACAAACUCAUAUAGUGCUAAUGAAAGAAGAAAUAGAGACAUUGAAAAAACGUGUUUACGAAUUACAAAACGAGAAUUCUAAGCUAAAAACUUCUUACAAUCAAAUAAAGAUUCUUCAAGAUCAAACUGAAAAAGCAUUGGUGGAUGUACAAAAUAAAUAUGCUGUAGCUGAAACACAACUCGAAAAUGCGGAAGCUCGUUUAACAUCAUUUGACACAAAUCGUACCACCACAAGAAAUGAACUGGAUGCAUUGAAAAAUGAAAUUUUUGCUUUGAAAUCAAUUAAUAGCACAAUAGAAAAUGAGAAGGAUAAAAUUAUUACUGAACUAGAUGCUAAAACUGAAAAGAUUUAUAAAUUGGAAAGUGAAUUGAAAUCAUUAACAAGAAGAAAUAAAGACUUAGAUUCGACUGGACAGGAAUUCCAACAAAAAUACGAGAAACUACUAACUGAAAGGAAAAGUCGAGAAAAUGAACUUGAUGAGGCUGGAUAUGAGAGUAAAUCGUUACGCACCCAAGUAACAACAUUGAAAGCAUCAUUGGAACAAACCAUUGCCGAAAAUAGUCGAUUAUCAAGUGAAUUAGCUGAUAGUAAAGCUGAAACACUAUCAACAAAGUCAAAACUAAAAGAAUCUGAAAAAGAAGUUGAAAGUUUACGGAAGCAAUUGCAGCAAUAUGUUAGCGAAGUUAAAAAAGCUGAAGAAUUAUUGAUGGCUAAGGAAAGAGAACGUGAAGAAAUGCUUGAACAUUAUAGAUGUCUUUCACAUGAUGCCGUUGUUUUGGAAGGCAAUAAUCAAAGUUUAGAAAUUGAAACUGCCGAUCAAAAACGUCAAUUAAGUGAAGCAGAAGCUGAAAUUGAAAUAUUGAAGAAAGAAAUAUCUAGAAAGAAUGCUGUUAUAGAAAAGCUGGAGAGACAGGUAUCAUCACUAUCAGCGCAAGUUGCAAGUUUAGAAAGAGAAUUAGAGCAAGCAUAUGAUGAUCAACAUUUAUUAAAAGUAGAUUUAGAUGCUAUGAAGGAAUUAUGUGAAAAAUUAGAUCUUCAAAGAGAUAAAUUAAAUGCUGAAUUAGAAGAGUUGGGUGCAAUGCGAACUAAACUCGAACAAGAAAAUGAAAAACUACGCCGAUUGAAUGGUGGUGCGGGUGUAUCACAACAAGCGGCAAGUGAUACACUUGAAAAGCUUUUGGAUAAAACAAGAGAUGAACUUGAUGAUACACGUCGUUCUCAAAUAAAAUUAACUCAAGAAAUUAAGAAGCUAAAAGACAAAAAUGAUGAUCUUGAAUUAAAACUAAAGGAGGAAAAGGAAAAAUUACUACAAAAGGAAGCUCAAGCUAAAGAAUAUUCAGUACAAGUACAAGAAUUACGUAACAAUAUAACGGAUGAUCGUUUUAAAAGAGCACAAAGUAGAGAAGAAAGUCCAAGAGACUUAACGUCGUCAUAAACAAAUAAUGAUAAUUAUAUAUAAUUUUAUAUUUUCUCAGUUUUUAUCGUUAUUUAUUAAAAA